AUGAGUUCAUCAAUCCUCUCCAAGGCCUUACAAGCCACUUCCCUCCUGGCAUCGACAACCCUGCUUGCUCUCUCGAUUGCAACGGUCGCUCUCGUCACACACUACAGCGAGUCGAUGGACGCAAGCUAUCCAGAAGGCAGCUACACAUAUUACGGACCCGUUGGCUCACCCGCACGCAGGGCGUACUGGGAGGAGUAUGACGCCGGAAACAGAGACUUCAACAAAGUCUACAUGCAAUAUGUGACGAGCAACGACAUCUGGGUCUUGGUGAGCGGUUGUGUUGGGUUGGUUGCCGGAGUCGUGGGAUGGCUGACGGUGGCGUUCAUGAUGAUGAAGGAGAAGAACCCCAAGACCGCUGGCUCACGCUUCCCAUGGGUACUAGCCUGCUCGAUCUUCUUCGGUCUCGCCGCAUUCGCCAUGUCACUCACCUCCACAAUCAUCACCUUCGAGACCAAGAAACGUCUGGAACGCGAGGCAUGCGUACCCAGCGCUGCAUACUCAUACUACAACCCGUAUUUCGACUGCACGCGCGAACUCGCUGCUUGCAGUAUAUUCGAGAUGCUUUCUAGUGGGUAUGAUGAUCACAGUCAACAGAUUUGCAGUGAAGCGCAGGCGAGCAGGAGGAUGUUGAUUCCCACUUUGGUCUGCGCGGUGGUGCUUGUCAGCACGUGGAUUGCGCAGGCUAUUGUGAGCAAGAAGGGAGCGGAUGCUGAGGCCGACAGGAGGGUACAGGACUUGCAGGAGCAGGAGGAGGCGGAGUAG